AUGCUGUUCCACAGCAUGUUGCUGUUCACAGUGAUGGUGAUGCAAGGCCUGGCAUAUCAGUUUGCUCCUCAUCAUGCUAGCGGCUCCGGGUACCUGAGCUCGUCGCUGAAGGCUCGUCCUGCCGUCUCCUGCUCUCCUCUUGGCCCUCGAGUUCAGAGGUCACGGGCGGCUCUUAUCUUGCGUUCCCUAAAGGCAUCAGCGCACAACGACAGGGUGGCGAGCUGGGAAUUUCUUCAUAGCAAGCUUCCGCUCUGCAAGCGACGCGCCAAAAAGGAGGAGGGGGAGCUUCAGUUUCAUCGGGACGCCUCAUGCGCCUCCUUGCAGGCAAGAAGCGUCUGGUUGGCGCUGAUGGAGAAGGGGAUAGCGUAUCGGGAAGUGCUUGAAGGAGCAGAGCAGCAAGUUCCUUCGCUCGUCUUGGCAUCGUCAAGAGCGACGGGCAUGAAGGAAUGCUUCGCUCUCCUCGAAGAACAGUUUCCUGACGUUCCUCUGCUGCCUCCCUCGGACCAGCAGCGCGCUCGCGUCCUCGCAAUGGUGGAUGCGGCAGAGAAGGUGAUGGGUGAAGCAAGCUUCGCAAGAGGCUUCUGGAGAAGCGACCAGCAGCUCAAGUCUGCCUACAGCUCAGCAUGCGACGUGCUGACAACCUGCGAGGGUCUGCUGGAGCAGGAGGGAGGAGACUUGUUCGGGGCCGAUGUCUUCACUCUCGCAGACGCGGCGUUCGCCCCCGUCCUUGAGGUCAGCGUCUUUGUGGAAGACCUCGUCCUCUUCCUUGGAGGAAAGACAUCGAGCACCUUUCCUCGGGUUCGCGCAUGGAAGAAGGCAAUGGAGGAGAGGGUGUCGAGCUACGCCAGCCGCACGGGGAGCGACCUCGUAUCGUUGAUACUCGAGAGCAGCGAGCACGACGACGAGGAGACGAAGGCGAUGCUGCAGAAGCUGCUGCUGCGCGACAGCUGGAAGGAGGUGAUGAGCAGCAGGGAGAAACCAGUGUGGGUCUCCUUCACUCGACGCUACCCUUCGUUCGCAAAGAGCCCGCAGGUCGAGGCAGCAGCGGUUCUGAUCGAGCAGCGAGCAGCACUGAGGAGGAGGAUACAUGAGAGCGUGCCUGAGGUCGUGGGGGGCAAGACAAGGAUGAGGCAGGGGGGCGAGAGCGAGGAGGGAGACAUGCCGUCUCUUGUUCUUCGCCUCCUCUCUUCCAGCAUCCUCGACGCUCCUGACUAUCAGACUGCUCCUACCUUCGCAAACAUGUACCUCAGCACAGUCAUGCAAGAGUUGUCGGAGGAUGAGAUCACUGAGCUUAUCGAGAUCCUCGAUUUUCUCCGUUGCUCCAUCGCUGCUCCACGAGAUAUGGGCUUCCUCCCAGUCCGCGCUCUUCGAGCGUACGUGGCAUGGCUGAUGAGCGAGGCGAGGAAGGAGAAGCGGGGGAGGAAGGAGACGGCAGCGCUACCGUGAGGGAAUAAAAGAAUAUUCACUG